AGACAGAGACUCACUGAGCGGAGACGCUGAUGGCGGCGGCGAUCAACAUGGCGGUUGCUCUUUAAAUCUUUGGUUGCUCCGGGCACCAACCGUCGCCGGGUCCCGCCCCCGACCGCGCUGAUUGGACGAGGAGGCGGCGACUGACGGCGGUCCCGGCCAAUGGGCGGAGGGUGAGAGUGACAUCCCGCCUCCCAUAGGCUCUGAUUGGAUGGGGACUGAGUGAUGGGCGGACGGAUUAUCCAACGGACGGGCUGAUGGGCGAGAGACGCGUUGACGGACGGAAGGAUCGGCCAAUGGGCGGGCGGGAGUUGGAGGUUGUCCCGCCCCCUGUCGUUGCUGGUUGGUUGGAUGGAGACGGGAGAGGGGCGGACGGAUCAUCCAAUGAGGGAGGGGGGAGGGUCUGAGGAUUGUCCCGACCGCGCUCAUUGGAGGAGGAUGGGAGACUGAGGGAUGGAAGGGCCAAUGGGCGGGGGAGUUGGUGACUGUCCCGCCUCUAGACGUGAGUGAUUAGAUGGAGAUGGGCGGCUAGAUCAUCCAAUGGGGGAAGGAGUUGGUGGUUGUCCCGCCUCCCACAGGCAGUGAUUGGAGGAGGAAACGGCGACGGACAUCGGUCUCGGCCAAUGGGCGGAGGAGCUGGAUGUUUGUCCCGCCUCCUGUCGUUGCUCAUUGGAGGAGGAGGGAGAAGGACAGACGGCUCGGCCAAUGGGCGGAGGGUUAGAGGGACAUCUGGAGCAAAGAUCUUAGACCCAGAUGGCCGCCGGUCGAGGACCUCAACAAGAUGGCCGCCGGUCGAGGACCUCAACAAGAUGGCCGCCGGUCGAGGACCUCAACAAGAUGGCCGCCGGUCGAGGACCUUAACAAGAUGGCCGCCGGUCCGCCCCCCCCAUCGACCGCAUCAAAAUGGCGGCGGAGAAGAAGCGGCGGUUGGUGACUUCGCUGCGGACGGACGGAGCUGAGGGUUUGGUAGCCGUUGCUGUGGACAGAGAGACCGGGGACGUGAGCGGCCAUUGAGGGCGGCCGGAGAGCACCCUCCCCCCAACUGCUCGGUGUGUGGGCUGAGCUUCGAGGGGCUGAGCUUCGAUGGAGGACCACAUGACGGGGCAAAACAAGGAGAAGCGUUAUGAGUGUGACGUGUGUGGCAAGGCCUGGCGGUGCCUGAGCCUGCUGGAGAUUCACCGGCGGGUGCAUACGGGUGAACGCCCCUUCACCUGCUCCGACUGCGGCAAGAGCUUCACCAGCUACGCCAACCUGCAGCAGCACAACCGCGUACACACGGGAGAACGCCCCUCCGACUGCUCCGACUGCGGCAAGAGCUUCAAGACAGCGCCAAACCUGACGAAACACCGGCGGUUGCACACGGGCGAGAAGCCCUAUGGCUGCUCCACCAGCGGCAAGAGCUUCGCCAGCUACGACAACCUGCAACAGCACAACCGCGUGCACUCCGGUGAGAGGCCCUUCACCUGCUCCACCUGUGGCAAGAGCUUCACCAGCUACGCCAGCCAACAGCAGCACAACUGUGUGCACAAGGGAGAAAGCCCCUUCACCUGCUCCGACUGCGGCAAAAGCUACAAGUCGUCGCAGGGCCUAAAGAGGCACAGGCUCGUGCACACCGGCGAGCGCCCCUUCACCUGCGCCCAGUGCGGCAAGGGCUUCACCCAGUCCCACAACCUGCUGUCCCACCAGCGCACCCACACCGGCGAGCGCCCCUUCACCUGCGCCCAGUGCGGCAAGGGCUUCACCCAGUCCAGCAACCUGCUGUCCCACCAGCGCACCCACACCGGCGAGCGCCCCUUCACCUGCGCCCAGUGCGGCAAGGGCUUCACCCAGUCCAGCAACCUGCUGUCCCACCAGCGCACCCACACCGGCGAGCGCCCCUUCACCUGCGCCCAGUGCGGCAAGGGCUUCGCCCCUUCACCUGCGCCCAGUGCGGCAAGGGCUUCACCCAGUCCAGCAACCUGCUGUCCCACCAGCGCACCCACACCGGCGAGCGCCCCUUCACCUGCGCCCAGUGCGGCAAGGGCUUCACCCAGCUCCAGCAACCUGCUGGUGCACCAGCGCACCCACACCGGCGAGCGCCCCUACACCUGCGCCCAGUGCGGCAAGGGCUUCACCCGCUCCAGCAGCCUGCUGGUGCACCAGCGCACCCACACCGGCGAGCGCCCCUACACCUGCGCCCAGUGCGGCAAGGGCUUCACCCGCUCCGACAGCCUGCUGCUGCACCAGCGCACCCACACCAGCGAGCGCCCCUACACCUGCGCCCAGUGUGGCAAGGGCUUCACCCGCGCCAACAACCUGCUGUCCCACCAGCGCACCCACACCAGCGAGCGCCCCUUCAUCUGCGCCCAGUGUGGCAAGGGCUUCAACCGCGCCAACAACCUGCUGGUGCACCAGCGGACCCACACCAGCGAGCGCCCCUUCACCUGCGCCCAGUGCGGCAAGGGCUUCACCCAUUCCAGCACCCUGGUGGUACACCAGCGGACCCACACCGACGAGCGCCCCUUCACCUGCGCCCAGUGCGGCAAGGGCUUCACCCGCGCCAACAACCUGCUGGUGCACCAGCGCACCCACACCAGCGAGCGCCUCUAAACCUGCGCCCAGUGAGGCAAGGGCUUCACCCGCUCCACCAGUCUGCUGUCCCACCAGCGGGUUCACGCAGGCGACCGUCCCGUCCCCAGCCCGAUGUGUGGAGAGCGCAUUGCCAUGGCCUCCCAUGCCCUGUCUCACCAGUGCGUGCACAACAAUGGCCAGCCCUACAACAAACUACAAACUCCCUCAAUAGCAAGAAUGUCCUUCCUCAAAUUAGGGGACCAAAACUGUACACAAUACUCCAGGUGUGGUCUCACCAGGGCUCUGUACAACUGCAGAAGGACCUCUUUGCUCCUGUACUCAACUCCUCUCGUUAUGAAUCCACACUCCCUCAAUGGUAAGAAUACCUCCCACAUUUACAAAUAGUUCUGCGUUCCUACCACAUGUGACCUUGUGAACUUGUUUGUAAUCCGUUGUCUGCAGUUCAUGAUUAUUAAAUGAAAGCUGUGGUUGGCAGCUAGAUUUCUCAGAA